ACCCGCAAUGGCCAGUGCACGUGGCUUCCUACACUGGCCUGCACUCUGCUUGCAGCCAUGGUCUCCACCGCCGCCGCAGGGGACUUCAACAAUGACAUCGACAUCACUUGGGGCGACGGCCGUGCCAAGGUUCUCAAUAACGGGAAGCUGCUGACUCUUUCCCUCGACAAGGCUUCAGGCUCCGGCUUCCAAUCGAAGAGCGAGUAUCUCUUCGGCAAGAUUGACAUGCAGCUGAAGCUCGUCCCCGGCAAUUCUUCCGGCACCGUCACCGCCUACUAUCUAUCGUCUCAGGGGCCGACGCAUGAUGAGAUCGAUUUCGAGUUCCUUGGGAACCUUAGCGGCGAUAUUAGUGCAUAA